CAUUGCUGACGUAAACAAUGCUCAUAGGCAGAAUCCGUAACUAGAAGCAGAACUGUUGACAGGCUGUCGGCUUGGAGUUCAUUUCGGCAUCUCCAAUAUUUAUAAAAAUGUGGCUUUCGUUGUUAUUGUUUUGUUUUCAGUUCAUAUUUAUUUACUGUGAAAUCCCGCACCACAAAUUUGAAUACAAAUACAGUUUUAAAGGUCCCUACUUAGCUCAAAAGGAUGGAACUGUUCCGUUUUGGGAGCAUUUUGGAAAUGCUAUAGCCAGUGAAGAAAUGGUUAGAAUUACUCCAUCUUUACGAAGUAAAAAAGGUUCAAUUUGGACAAAAAAUAAGACCAAUUUUGAUUGGUGGGAGGUAGAAGUAGUAUUUAGAGUAAAUGGUCGUGGAAGGCUUGGUGCUGAUGGUUUUGCCUUUUGGUACACAGACAACAAAGGUGUAGAAGGCCCUGUAUUUGGAAGUAAUGAUCAUUGGAAUGGUUUGGGAGUAUUUUUUGACUCAUUUGAUAAUGAUGGCAGAGGAAACAACCCAUAUAUCAUGGCUAUGUACAAUGAUGGAACUAAAACAUUUGAUCAUCAGAGUGAUGGAUUAUCUCAACAACUUGCUGGAUGUCAAAGAGAUUUCCGCAAUAAACCAUUUCCUGUCCGAGCUAAAGUUGAAUACUACAAAAAUGUUUUGUCCAUUUUGUUUCAUAAUGGGAAUUCCAAUAAUGAUGAUGAUUAUGAGUUAUGCCUAAGAGCUGAAAAUGUCUAUCUGCCACAAUAUGGGCACUUCGGUCUUUCUGCUGCCACUGGUGGUUUAGCUGAUGACCAUGAUGCUCUGAAAUUCCUCACUUACAGCAUGUAUCCUCCCGGCACUCAACCAACUUCACAAAACAUUGGAGAUGCUGAAAAGGAGAAAUUUUCUAAAGAAUAUGAAGAAUAUAAAGAGAAGUUAGAAAAGCAAAAAGAGGAGUAUCGCAAAGAGCACCCUGACGAAGCCAAAAGAAGAGAAAUGGAAUUUAAUCCAGAUGAGCAAUAUGAAUCUCAUCAGCAAAGAGAACUCCAGCAAAUAUUUCAAGGCCAGAGCUCCAUAUUUGAAAUCUUAAAAGGUCUUCACAGAAAGAUAGAUGAAGUUAUUGGAAGACAAGAGAGAGCACUCUCAAUGCUUUCAGCUGUUUCAACUGGAGGAAUUGCCCAGCAUCAAGGAGGUCAAGGCAUGCCACCACCACAAGUAGGAGGAGGCUUAAGUCGUCAUGAAAUUGAAGCUUUACUUGGAGGGCAAAGAGAAUUAAUCCAAACAGCUCGAGAUACAAAGUCUUUCCUCACUGAUAUUCAUCAAAAAACUGGGACAAUCAUUGCAAAACAAAGUGAGAUGAAGCCAUCAGGGGGAGGAGGUAUAGCCUUUGAAUCACAGACACAAUUCCAGGAUAUAAAAGAUUCCCUAAACCAUGUCAAAAGGGAGCUUGCUACCAUGGCUGCUAAAACACAGGGUGGACCAUGUCCUGUUGUUCAACCUCAGUCAUGCCUUUCCCCCAGCAUUUUCUUCAUAUUCAUGGGUGUCCAAUUAGUCAUACUCAUCGGCUACAUUACUUACCAGAGCAACAAAGAAUCACAAGCGAAGAAGUUUUAUUAGGUAGUAGAUAUUUUUUUAGUUUUCCAACAUUCCAAGUGAGAAGAAAACAAAAUUAGUCACAUCCUAUUGGAUUGUGUACAUGGUUAUUUGUUUGAAGAGAUGUGGUGUGAAAAGACUGAUGUUGGAUGCAUUCAAGCUCAUACAUAUUUCUGACGUAUACUUAAUGAAGUAAUUAUUGAGAAACAAAUUGUACAGUUACUUGUAUAUUAACUGAAAAUUUUAUACUUUUCUUCCCUAUUUAAUUAUUGUGUUAAAAAUAAAUGUAACAUCUUGUAAACUGUAUUAUCCCUCAACAGUCUAGAAGUAUUUAUAUCACCAAGUAUAAUUAUUUAAAAUAAAAUUGUUUUUAUUACAACAAUGAAAGUAAUAAAACAAUUGGCCACCUUAUACAUGAUUUUAAACACUGUAAGUAUGAGUAUCAUGGUGGUAAGGGUUUAUUAAAGAAUCAAAUUCAUAUUUCUGGCUGACUCUAUUUUUUUAUUUGAAAGAAUCGAAUAAAAAUAGUUUUAACUCUUGCAACAUAAUUAUUUCUAAACUAUACUCUUGAUCAUUAUUUUUAACAUUUCAGUCUUCAGACUGUGUUGUAAAAACUACACAUCGUGUUAUUACAAUGCAUCCUAUUAUUGUUCAAGUAAAGUUAGACAAUACAGCCUAUUAUUGUUUAAGUAAAAAUAUCUGAUUUUCAUUGACGGCAAUUAGUUGAUUUUAAUUUUGUCAAAAGAAUUACAAAAAGCUUCACAAAAAUAUAUAUUUGUCACAUAUUAUGUAAAGUCAUAUUUUUAGGUAAAUUUCUUUUUUACUUUGUAAGCAAUUUCUUGUUUGUUACAUAAAAUCGUUACAAUAUUUCCUAUGUUUUUUGUUUCUGCAGGCAUCCCAACAUUUAAAAUAUAUAUCUAUUUAUGAGUAAUGUGGCAUAUUAUACUAAAAAUAAAAUUAAAAAAAACAUGAGUAACACAUUUCCCCUGAUUAAAAUUUCAGUCCAACUGAUAACUCUUAUGCAUACUUCUAAUUAACAAAUGUUCCAACUAUCAAAAUAAAAAAACGCACAUUUUCUAUUUCUUAAAUAGUUUAUAUUCUUUUUGCUUGACUCUAUGAUUGAAAACAUUUGUACCCUAUUUUGUUUAUUUAAGUGUUCUAUAGAUUUACCUUGUAUUUUAUAUUUUUUCAUUGGCCAACUAUUAACAGUAUUAUCUGCUUGUUCAAAGUAAUAUUGUAAUAUUUUUGAAAGAAUCACAAAUAUUUAUAACAUAUCUGUAUUUUCUCUGUCAUUCUUACAUUUGCCUAUGUUCCUCUAAAUACAUUGAAUUUCUGUUAAAAAGUUUAGUGUGCAUUGUAUUGUGCUAUAUGUAAAAAGUUAGUUGCUAUGUAAAAUAUUUCUCUUUCAGCUGUAUGUUAAUUUGAGAUGUUAGUAAAUAUGCAAAUUGGUCUUAAUUAUAAUGCAAUUGUGUUAAUUACUGCCAGUUUUUCUAGGUUUUAAUGUAUUUCAGAAAAUUUAUUUAAUUACAUUAAAUUAAAUGCAUUUAAGGAAUACAUUAAAUACACAGAAAUACAAUUAAACUUCAUAAUAGUUUUUUUGCUCUAUUUAUUGCUUGUUUGAGGAUUUUAAUUAGUGCUGUGCACUGCUCAAUUUAAAUGUAAAUGCUCAAUAUAAAAGAGUAAAAAAUUUAAUAUAACUCAAUCAGAAAGUGAAUGCUAUUUCAUUUAUUAUAGUCACUUUUUUAUUAUCAGAAUUGUAAACAAUUGAAAGACUAAUAUAAAGAUUAACUACACUUCUUGAGAAGUGACAUAUUUACACCAAACUGCUCCUUUAUAUCCAGAUGCUUACUCUACUAGUUUCCUAAAUUUCUGUUAAGUGACAGCUAAAUACAUGGAAACACUUUGCUUUUAAGGAAAUACACCUAAAAUAUUAGAAAUUGUGGCUUAUUAGACUGCAUCAAGCCUUUCAAUUGUUAUUCCACCCUUAAUUAUACUCAUAAACACCUUUUGGUUUCAUCCGUGUAAGAAACUUGUAAUUUUGUUAUUGAAUUAUCUUUUUUUAUUUAAUUUUGAAUUGUAAUCCUUCUUGUGUUGCUGCUAAUUAUUUUAUUUUUAAUAAGUAAAAAAGUCUAUUUUGCAUUAUGCCAAGUGCAUUAUAUGAUCUUAUAAAAUUUAAAAAAAUAUUAUUGUAACUGACAGAAAAAAAAAUUUCUUCUAGACCAGUGCUACGACUAAAGUUUUCUUUUUUUGGUGUGUGUGUGACUUGAGUAUGCAAUCUACCAUUUUAAGUCCUUUCACUGAAAUAUAUCAUUUUUUAAGAGACCUUAAAUGACAGAAAAAAAUGUAGAGCUUACAAAUAUAUAUACCGUACUCCAAACAAUUUUUAGUUAACUGAACAAUAAAAACUUAUAAUUUACCAAAAACAUGUAACUAUUUUAUCAAUUAUUUUUUACAGAUGCCAACUUCUUUUUAUAUAAAUAUUCUUUUUUUAUUAUUAUGGGUGUGGUUAUUUUGAUAAUUGUUUUACAUUGAUGAAUUAAAGAUUGUGAAACAGUAUAUCAUCGCAAAAACUCUCAUUGAAAUACAGUGUUACUGAUUUUUCAUGUUAUAAGAUUUUAUUAAAAUGUUUCUUAAAAAAAAA